CAUCAUCGUCAUAGGAGAAAAAUAUAGUAUCUGUACUCUUAGAGUACUGGUACAAUUUAUUUUUAAUUAGUCUGUAUUAAUUAAUGUACGUGUUGGUUUCCCACGUACAUGGCAUGCAGCAUGAGUCUUGCACAGUCACAGCUUAAUCUAAUGGAAGGGAGUGCAAAUUUUCUGAGGAAACCACAGAAUCUACUAAAAGUUUUCCAGCUCCCAGUACACAGCCAUGAUGUUAUUAAUGUCUGCCUGCCCAGUUGUGAGCAUGGAACCUUCACCAGUAUUUCUGUUUCUGUCAUCUUGAGUAAAGAGGCCUUGUACCAUUCCCUGAAGAUCACAGUUGAAUCCUGCUUGAUUAGGUUGACUUUUUCAGUGCGCUACCUUUUCUUUUUUUUUUUUUAAUAUAUUUCUGAACUGCUUUACUUGCUGACUGUGGGCAACUUGCAGACAUAGACAGCGGUGCUGUUACAUAUGUUAUGGGGCCUGAGAAGACCACCUACAAUGCUGAAAUUCAGUACCAGUGUGAAGCCCCCUUCUACCCCAUGAAGGCUGAUAAUAAUGAUAGAUAUAUAUGCAGUGAUGAUGGAUACUGGAAAAACUCCAAAGGAGAAAUAACCCCUCCUGUCUGUGAACCAGUUUGUGGAACACGGAGAAGUGGAACUGUGGCACGUAUAUAUGGAGGAAGGCGAGCCAAGCCUGGAGAAUUUCCCUGGCAAGUGAUGUUAAUUACAGAGCAAGGAGGAUGAGGAGGUGGUUCACUUUUGUAUGACAACUGGGUUCUAACAGCUGCUCAUGGUGUAGCUGAUCAAAGAAAGCCCUCAGCUUUGAGGAUUAAAUUGGGCAUUUUGAACAAAGGCUCAUUUUGCUAUGAAGAUGCCCAGGCAGAAAAAAUUUUUAUUCAUAAAGGUUGUAAAAAUGAUCUUGUUCAACUUUGACAAUAACAUUGUAUUGGUUAGACGGGAGCAUAAAGUCUCAAUUAGUACCAAUCACACCUAUUUGUUCAGGAAAAGAUGACAGAUUUCAAAUGAAAGCAAAUGAUGGGGCAGCUGUAUCAGGGUGGGGAAGAACUGUCCCAGCAGCUGUUAAAAGACCUUUAGAUUUACAAAACUGCCAUC